AUAAAUAACUUUGACAGGGUUUAUCAAAUCGAUUUCUUUGGUUUACAAGGCAAGAGUGUAAAACCACUUCGUGAACGUUUCUUAGAUAUUUUUAUUUAAAGUACUGGAUAAAUCUUGAUUUAUAUUUCCGUUAUACCAACACAUACGAAGUUAUAAACUCAUAAAACAUGACGGAGACCGAUAGUACCAAACGGCCACUGCAAAUGCCUGAAAAGUUUUUGCCUCACCUUGAAAAGUAUCGGGUUUAUCUAAUGAUGAAGGACAUGGUCAGGAACAUCGUAUUACACCUGCCUAAGGAUCAUCUUAAGCAGAUGAAGAUCUUUGCCACCCGCCACAUACAUACAAGUGAGGCGUCGCGUAUAAUACUGCUUAUUGAACCGGGUCUCGAUAUUGAUGUUCACGGCCUGGCAAAGCAUUUGAUAAAAGAUUUCGGUUGCUUCGUUAUAACACGUCGCUGCGUGAUGGAUCGCUACGAAAAACAUGACGAUUACGAGCCCGGAUGUGUGAAUAUUUCACUGAUGUCGGAAGUGACAAAAGCUUUGACUCAGAAAGACCCGGUACCACAGGCUGGAUGGCUAAUGUUUGAUCACCCCUGUACAAUACGCGAGGCGCGCUACCUCCAACAAGAUGGUGUUCUACCCACGGUGACUCUGGUGCUGAUGAUGACACCUCCCAUUGCACCACCAGCUGCCAGUAACCACACUCCUCCUAGAAACUUUUUCCAGCAAGACUUUGAAGGUCUCAAGUAUGCGUACAAAGCUACAUUGAAGGAAGUACAUCUUAAUCCUGACGAUACUUUGGAUACGAUACAAACGAAGUGUUUCAAUGCGAUCCGCGCCUUUAACGCAGGACAUCAAGGACCGAAACAGGGGAUCUGUGCUGUUGGCGCCCCUGGCGUGUAUCGAGUGCUGCUCCUUGGGCCUCGGGGCUCAGGUCGUAGCUCCCAGGCAGUAGCGCUAGCCAAGCAUUUCGGAUUAGUCUUCUUGCAUUUCGACGGGAUAUAUAAAGAGUAUGCAGCAAAGGACAAUGAAAUAGGAGAGAGAAUUCGUAAGUAUGGAAGCAACAUUAUCCUCAGAGGAGAUAUUAUCAGGGACCGACUGCUCAAGAAGGACUGUAUUGACCAUGGCUGGGUGAUGACUGGAUAUCCAACAAACGGAAACGAUUUCGAAAUACUCGAUUCAAUGCCAACUCCUCCGAAUCGCAUAUUGUUUCUGAACGUCGACCUGGAGACAUGUCGGCGUCGGACCCAGAACGAGGGCUUCGACACUUGCACUGGCAAGAAGGCACCGAUGGGAUCUGGACCAAACGUCGUCCGCCACCCUGACCAUGAUGAAGUGCGGAGAGAAUUUGAGUGGGAUUUAUUCUUCACGGAGCAGUUGGCGGAGUUGCGAGCAUCGGCCGGCUUGACAGCUGUGGAGAUUGAUGGCACGGAAUCUUUUGAUAAAGUACAAGUCAAGGUGCAAGCUGCCGUGAUCGCUGCGCCCCACUUUGACAUCGAGUGCUGUUCUCGACUGCGUAAUGUUUGUGGUGAAUAAUGUAUUACUUAUUGUGAUGGGUAAAUAAAAGAUGUUGUCGUUAGAAAAAUGUUUAUUUAUGUACUCCUCCGUACUUCAAUUGAAAUUAUUUAAUUACUACAUAAUUAUUUAAUUAUUCUGCUAAUUAUGAACUAACAAUUCUGCAGUCUCAAAAUAAUUACAUACAUACAGUUCAAAAACACUGAGGUAGUCUCCUAGAUGUAACGAGACUCGUACCGAUUCAUUAGUUGAUGCAAUAAUAGUU